AUGCGACAUCAAUCAUUGUUUCAUCAAUGGUUGAUCGCUGUUGUUGUCGUCUUUGUUGUACUAUCAAUAACAACAACAACAACAACAACAAAUGUAGUAUAUAGUCAAUCUAUACCAACACCACAACAAAUACAAGUGAUAAAGAUUCGAAAUGAUAUCGAUUGUAGAAACAAUUAUUGUAAUUAUUUCGAUACUUCUUUGUGGCAAGGAGGUGUAGUACCUGUUGGUGAUAGUGUCAUUGCAUCGAUUGAUUUCUCAGAGAAUAGUGUUGCUUCUGGAAACCAAAGAAUAUGGGUGCAGAACCCACUCACUAUCUAUGCUGUCAAUGUAUCUGCUGCCUCCUUACAACAACAAUAUACCAAUGCUGUCAUAUUGACAGCUUCACAACUCAAUAUUACCGAUACACUGACACUUGGUGAUAACACUGAAAUUGGUUUGGUUCCACCUGUUUCAUCGGUCGGGUCACUCUACAUUGGACAAAACAGUACUGUCAGUCUUGGUAAAGGAACUCAACUAUUUGUAUUGAGCAAUCUAUAUGCACUAGAGUCAUCUUGGAUAUUACUCAAUUCUGCAACUAUAACUGUCAAUGGUAACGCUACAUUGAAGGGAUCAGUAGGUAUCUAUUCUACAUCGACUAUGAGGUUGGGUGAAUCGGCAGUGAUUAGUGGAACCAUGGAUUCAUCAGGUGAUCUCUAUUUGGCAUCGUAUACAGUGUUUGAGCGUGGUAAUACAUCGAUUGGCGGUAUAAUGACAGUUGGACAACACCAACUUAGUAUCAAUGCAGGUGCGUGGAUAUCCAUUUUUGGGGACAUACAUAUUCCCCAGUUUUCAUCAGUCACCAUCCAAUCACACGGUACACUAGCUAUCUUUUGUCAAACCGUCCAAGCCAACCUACACUCUAUCACGUCUCAACCAAACAGUAACCUAUACAUUAGUGCUAGUACAUCCAGUACAUUGACCAACAUCCAACUACUUGGGACUACAACCACCACCCAUCGACCCGUCUCUUUUUUCAAUGGAACUAUUUCAAAUUUACUCAUUCACUCAAUGGAAUCACAUUUUAUUUCAUUACAAAAUAUAGUAGUUUGGAAUAUUAGUAAUCCAACUACGAAAGUACUAUUCCGUUAUUCAUUGAUUACAGAUGAAUAUGUGGAGAUUGCGAAUGCGGCCAUUGACAAUGUGGCUCUGGUGACAGCACCCUAUUCAACACUCAACUUGACUAAUGCCAAUAUUCGUUUGGGUCGGUUUUCAUGGAUGACACAAAGUUUCAGCUCUAUUGUAUUGAUUGACAAUGCAACACUAAGGGUACCUAAUUGGUGGUCUGGUGAAAAUGCAAUGACCAAUGUUACCAGUUCAUAUAUAGAAUGUCGAUCACUUUCUACAUCGGAUGCACAAAUCAAUAUCAACGGUCAACUUGUAUUCAACGGAUCAAUUUAUCUAUUCAAUAGCAAAUUGACGCUUCAAAAUGACAGUCUUUUAAUGGUUAUCAAGGGGUCUAUCAUUGGAAAGAAACAAAGUAGAUUACAUAUCAGUGUUGAUAGAAUGCAUGAUUUUACUUCGCCUCUAAGUGCACCUGUUCGUGUAGAUAGUCUAUUCCUCUUUGACUCUGGGUCAGGUAUACAUCUCGAGACUUUGGAUGGUAACUCCACAGUCAUUCCACAACUACCCUAUUAUUUGGUAUCAGGUCCCGACACGGUCAAUAUCAAUACCUAUGCUUGUAAAUUCACUCCUGAUAACCUUUACCUCUAUUCAUUCACUUUUACAAACUCAAAUAAUGGUAGUAAUAUACAUAUCGAGUUUAAUAUUUUAUAA